AUGUGCCCACCUUGCCAUCCAAUUGGCCACGAUGAGCAAAAAGGCCCAUGGGGCAUUAGUAACGUGACCUUAUUGACGAGUCUCCUCGCGCUCAUCCAUGCUGUCUCCGUAACCCUCACAAAGCUGCUGCGUAUGGCAAUUCGCGGAGGUAUCAACUGUUACUGGGAAGUACUAGACAAACAGCCUCUCGAGGAGAGGGUUAGAAGACUAGAGAACGACCUCCGUUCUCUGAAGUUGGGGAUGACCGAGGAAAUGCACAAUCUGAAGAGUGAUCGGCAGGGCGAUCGUUCUCGAAUCAAGAGACUGGAGGACUCGCACUCUGAUCUGAAGGAGGACAAGAAGGUCCUCUAUAAGAGGGUCAUAACUUCAAACGUCCAUUUAGAAUAUCUCGAUCAGGGAACUUUAAUUGAAUAA